ACACUGGGGGUGUGCGUGGCUGCGGCCGCGGUGGCGGCGGCUGCGGCGGCGGCGGGAGCGGCGAAUCGGAGCCGCCCGGGCUGCGCUCCGUCGCCCCGGCAGCCGCGGCGGCGCCGGCGUCCGUGGCUCAGAAUGCGGCCGGGGGGCGCGCUGCUCGCCCUGUUCGUCAGCCUACUGCUGUUGCUGCUGAUGCGCCUGCUGUGGUGCCCGGCCGAUGCGCCCGCCAGCUCCAGGCUUUUGGUGGAGGAAAGCAGGGAGGACACCCGUGGCAUUGGCACCUCCGCGGCGCUGAGGACGCUCAGGAGCCCGGCGACCCCGGUACCGCGCACCACGAACAGCACAUAUCUAAAUGAGAAGUCACUCCAACUGAGAGAGAAAUGCAAAAAUCUGCAAUAUGGCUCUAAGUCUUUAUCUAACAAAACAAAGCGAUAUUCAGAGGAUGACUACCUUCAGAUUAUCACAAAUAUACAGGGCUGUCCAUGGAAACGGCAAGCAGAAGAAUAUGAGAACUUCAGAGCAAAACUUGCUUCCUGUUGUGAUGCUGUUCAAAACUUCGUGGUUUCUCAAAACAACACUCCAGUUGGAACUAACAUGAGUUACGAGGUGGAAAGUAAAAGGCGAAUUCCAAUUAGAGAGAACAUAUUCCAUAUGUUGCCCGUGUCCCAGCCUUUUGCCGAGUACCCUUACAAUCAUUGUGCUGUGGUUGGAAAUGGGGGAAUUCUGAACAAGUCUCUCUGUGGAGCUGAAAUAGAUAAAUCUGACUUCGUUUUUAGAUGUAACUUGCCUCCGACCACAGGAAAUGUUAGUGAAGAUGUUGGCAGCAAGACAAAUCUGGUGACUGUAAAUCCCAGCAUUAUAACACUCAAAUAUGGGAACUUAAAGGAGAAGAAAGCAACGUUUCUGGAGGACAUUGCCACUUAUGGAGAUGCAUUCCUCCUUCUGCCAGCGUUUUCCUUCCGGGCCAACACUGGCACCUCUUUCAAAGUGUACUACACACUCAAACAGUCUCAAGCAAGGCAAAAGGUUCUCUUUUUCCAUCCCAAGUACCUGAAACACCUUGCCCUUUUCUGGAGAACUAAAGGUGUGACUGCCUACCGCCUGUCCACUGGCUUGAUGAUCACAAGUGUUGCAGUGGAACUGUGUGAAAAUGUGAAGCUGUAUGGAUUCUGGCCCUUCUCUAAAACUAUAGAAGACACACCCAUCAGCCAUCACUACUACGACAACACGCUACCUAAACGUGGUUUCCACCAGAUGCCCAAGGAAUAUAACCAAAUCCUCAGCUUCAUGUGAAAGGAAUCCUCAAACUACAAUUUAGCAAAUGUCAAGUAGCUUAAAGUUUCUUAAAGUGAAAAUCAUUUCAAUAGAAUACAAUAAGUAGGUGAGUAAUAGGUAAAGGAGGUGGUUAUACAAUACUGUAGAAGCACUCCAAAGCUUGGUUUGACCAAAGCUCCUCCA